AUGGUUUCGAAAGCAUUUUUGGUGACGAGUUGUUUCGUGUCAUUAGUUCUUUCUGGAAUGGUGGCGCAAUCGCAGAUGACCAAAAAACGCUGCAUAAGCCAGCCAAAUGUGUCCAAAAAGGUAGACAAGGUUAUCCAUGAGUGCCAGGAGGAGAUUAAAAUGAACUUGCUUGAAGAUACGCUUCGAGUGUAUAAAGAGGACUGGCAUGACCGUAAGAAGCGUGACGCAGCCGCCGGAAUCGGCUUCCAACAUCCGACGGUGGUAUCUAGCGAAGAUAAGUGGAUUGCUGGGUGUUUGAUGCAAUGCGUGUACCGCAAAAACGACGCCGUCGACAACCACGGAUGGCCCACUCUGGAUGGACUGGUGAAUCUGUACACGGAUGGAGUGAACGAGCAGGGCUACUUUAUGGCUACCCUCAGAGGCGUCGAUCGGUGCCUGAAAGGAACUUCAAUGAAGUAUAAGGUGAAAAGAAAUGAUAUUGCCGAUCCACUCGAACAAUGUGCAGUGGCAUUUGAUGUAUUUGAUUGUAUUUCCGAUAUGAUUACGGAUUAUUGUAGCGAUCAGCAGAGGCAUGUAUUCAAUUGA